CCCCUCAUUCACCCAUCUACUGCCUUGUCCAGGACCAGGAAUAAGGAUCGAGAUUCGCAUGGCGUCGACCUACCAGCUACCCCAUCCUCCCCCAUUGACUGCUUACCCAUCACUCGCAUCCCGCUGCCGCGUUCGCAUGGCCUCCGCCGCGCCCCUCGGAGUAUCUCACGACACAGGGGUCACGGUUCCCACAUCGGAUAGUGUUGGCCAGAAUGAUUUACUGAUUGUUGGACCAGGCGUGCUUGGUCGAAUCGUAGCUGAUAAAUGGCAACAGGAGCAUCCAGGUUGCAAAAUAUUUGGCCAGACUGCAACCACAGAUCAUCACAGUGAACUAACUAAAAUUGGGAUAAUUCCCUCCCUGAAGGGAUCCAGAGGUUGUCAGAAAGUUCCAUAUGUUAUUUUCUGUGCUCCUCCAUAUCGUACAGAUGAUUACCCUGGGGAUCUUAGAGUUGCAGCAUCAAACUGGAGUGGGGAAGGCUCUUUCCUGUUCACAUCAAGUACUGCCGUGUAUGACUGCAAUGACAAUGGAUUAUGCAGCGAGGAUUCUCCUUGCGUGCCAAUUGGCCGGAGCCCUCGAACCGACGUCCUUCUAGAAGCAGAAAAUGUUGUCCUUGAGGCAGGAGGCUGUGCUCUCAGGCUAGCAGGACUUUAUAAAGCGGAUCAAGGUCCUCACAUUUUCUGGCUGUCAAAAGGAUCUGUAGAUGCACGGCCAGAUCUCAUAAUCAAUCUGAUCCAUUAUGAAGAUGCUGCUUCGCUUGCCAUUGCCAUUAUGAAGAGGAGACUUCGCAGUCGGGUGUUUCUGGGCUGCGACGAUCAACCUCUAUCCAGACAACAGAUAAUGGACCGUGUUAACAGGAGUGGGAAAUUUGAUGCCAAGUUCCAGGGCUUCACAGGGACUGAUGGUCCUUUGGGGAAGAGGAUGAAUAAUUCCAAAACUCGGGCUGAGAUUGGAUGGCAGCCCAAGAAUCCUAGCUUCACGGAAUUCCUUGGUCUCAGCAAUUAAUAUGUUACCGACCGUAACAUUUCUGUUCUUCCAGAUGAAUAUUUGUAGCACAGUGGAUUUGAUCAUGGAUAUUACCUCAAUUAUGAUUUCUUCCCCUAUUGUUCUCCGUUA